AUGACUUGUAAUAAUAAAAAAAAAACAUAUGCAAAUAAUAAUAGUGCAAAUACAAGCGAUGGAGAAGAUAUAACUUGGUCUAUUUUAGAGUUUGAAACAGAAAGAAGCGAGCAAAAUUUUAAAGAUAAUCGGCUUUCAGAAACAAAUCAACUUUCAAGAAAUUACAAGGAUAGUUCCAGUUUAGAAACAAAGAGUACUAGUAAUGAAGAUUCUAUUCCAGUGCCAAUCGAAAAGCCAAGUGAGGCAACGUAUAUCAAUAUUCCUAAACUUCUUAAGAUUGAAAAGCCUAUUUAUAAUAAUUAUCAGGAAUCACUUCAUUUAAUGAUAACAGCUAAAUAUGAAAAGAGCAUUCCUGAAUAUCGCAAAAUAUCAGAAACUGAAAAAAAUGAAGGGUCUUUUCUUACAGCUUGUGACUGGGCUAUUAGAUGGAUGAUGAGAGGAAUAAUUAACAAUAAAUAUUUUUCUACUGAAACGCAUGAAUUCCUUGAAGAAUUCGUAUCUAGCCUUGGAUCUAGUUUACUAGAACUCCAAGUUCAGAAAAUCAUACAAGUUCAAGACAUCAGUUCGGAUUAUACCAAUAAAGCAUCAGAGACACCAAGUAAAAAGCCUCAAAAUUCUGGUCGCAGUCACAUGUUACGUUCCAACAACAAUCCUGUUAAGAAAGCUACAGAAGCUAAAACCGAA